AUGGUUGAUGAAAAGAAAGUUGAGACAAUGAAAAAGAGGGUUAAUGCCGAAAGCAACAAUACAACAGGAGAUGAGAAAGGGGAUGAUGAGGCACCUCAAGCAACGAAAGGACUCUCAAUCAAUAUUCCAUUGGUCGAGGCACUUGAGCAAAUUCCCGGUUAUGCAAAGUUCAUGAAAGAUCUAGUGACCAAAAGAAGGAGUUUUGGCCUUGAAACAAUGGGAGGCACUCAUCAUUGUAGUGAAAUUGUUACCAAAGCUUUGGUACAAAAUAAAGAAGACCCCGGAGCCUUCACAAUUCCAUGCACAAUCGCUAAAUACAAGUUUGCAAAAGCUUUAUGUGAUCUUGGAGCAAGCAUCAAUUUGAUGCUGAUUGCUAUAUUCAACAAGUUGGGUUUGGGAACUCCCCGUCCCACCACUAUAAGAUUACUUAUGGCGGAUAGAACCGUGAAGAGUCCCGUUAGCAUUCUUUAUGAUGUACUUAUGAGAGUGGACCGGUUUAUCUUUCUGGCCGACUUUGUGAUCUUGAAUUGCGAAGUUGAUUUUCAGGUGCCCAUAAUCUUGGGUAGACCUUUCUUGGCUACGGGGUGA